UUCCCAGUGCCACGUGCAGCCCUGGGGAUGGCAGGAUGUGGGCGGCUGUGACGCAGUGCUGUCCCCUGGGAGCCCCCAACCACCACGAGGACGUCCCCAAACCCCAUUGCAGUGGCAGUGGGGGGUGCAGCACGGGGCGAGGAUGGGCGCUGCGCUGACAUCGUGGUGCCAGCAGCUCCCACAUCCCCGUCCCCUUCUCUCCCCCAGCUCAGCUUCUCAGCCUUGUUGGCUCCCAACCCCCCCUGCUGACGAUGGACCCCCCCUGGACACCGCAGUUCUUGAGGCAGAGUGUGAAGCUGACCUGCGGGGACCCCAGCGUGAGCAUCUCCACCACCUGGUACACGGAUGGGCGCUGGUGGAAGGAAACGCCAUCAAACAGCCUCCACGUGGAACUGAGUGACAGAAGGAAAUACAGAUUCCAGUGCCAGACCCGAGGCUCUGAGCUCAGCUCUGCCGUGAACCUGGCAGUCUCUGAUGACUGGCUGCUGCUGCAGGUGCCAACACAGGCAGUGCUGGAGGGGGAUUCGCUGUCCCUGCGCUGCAGCGCCUGGAAAAACGCAAAACUCAGCGAGGUGCAGUUCUUCCAUGAUGGGCAGCUGCUGCACAACAGACAUGGGAACGAAGUGCUGCUGUCCCCAGCAAAGCAGCAGCACAGCGGCCGCUAUCAGUGCUCAGCCUACGUGCACUCCUUCACUGCCUGGUGGGAAGUCUCUCCCCAAAAUGAUCUCGUGGUGCGAGGUGAGCCUGAGCAGAGAUGGGUUUGGGGUGGAUUUGGGGUGGCUUUGGGAUGGGGGGCCACCACCCCAACGGCCACCCCUGUCUCCCCACAGCGCUUCGCGGCGGUGCAGCGCCACGUGGAGCUGUUGGUGGUGGCCGAUGCAGCCAUGGCGCAGUUCCACGGCACCGAGUUGCAGCCGUACCUCCUGACGGUGUUGGCUACAGCUGCCAGGACCUUCCGGCACGGCAGCCUGGGUGCUGAGGUGCAGCUGAGGGUCACACGGCUCCUGGUUUUGGGACCCGGCACCCCGGGGCCGCCUGUCACCUCCAAUGCUGCCCAAACACUGCGUGACUUCUGCCGGUGGCAAAAGGACCUCAAUGUCCCCGAUGAGGACAGUCCCCUCCAUUUCGAUGUCGCCGUCCUCUUCACCCGGCAGGACCUGUGUGGGGCGGCGACGUGCGACACACUGGGGAUGGCUGAUGUGGGCACCGCCUGCGACCCCGAACGGAGCUGUGCCAUCGUGGAGGACGAUGGGCUGCAGUCGGCGUUCACGGUUGCACAUGAGCUGGGCCACGUGCUCAGCAUGCCACACGACGACUCGCAGCGCUGCCUGGAGCUCAACAGCCCCACGGGCUCCUCACGCCGCGUGAUGGCACCGGUGAUGGGUUCAGUGCCGCCAGGAGAGAUGUGGUCCCCAUGCAGCGCCCACUUCAUCACCGACUUCCUGGACAACGGCCACGGUCGCUGCCUUUUGGAUAAACCCACCGAAUGGCUGCGGUUGCCGUCGGCGCUGCCCGGCGCGGCGUAUCCAGCAGAUCGGCAGUGCCAGCUGGCAUUUGGCCCCGAUUCACGGCACUGCGGGGACGUGCAGCCCUCCUGCGCUGCUCUGUGGUGCAGCGGCCGUGCUGGAGGGAGAGCAGUUUGCCAAACCAAGCACUUCCCAUGGGCUGACGGCACGCCGUGCGCGCCGGGACGGGUGUGUGUCAGCGGGCAGUGCGUGGACAUGGCCACCAUGGAACAGCUCCGGAUCCCCGUGGAUGGCUCCUGGGGGCCAUGGGCUCCAUGGAGCAGCUGUUCCCGUAGCUGUGGCGGCGGCGUCAGCUCCUCGCACCGCUUCUGCUCCCGGCCCACGCCGCGCAACGGCGGCCGCUUCUGCCGCGGGGAGCGACUCCGCUUCCGCUCCUGCAACGUCGCGGAAUGCCCCGGGCGCAGCGCAUUCCGGGAGGAGCAAUGCGCAGCCUACAACCACCGCGUCGUUUCGCCGGCGCUGCCGGCGGUGGGCGAUUGGGUGCCGCGAUACGGCGGCGUCGCCGAGGAGGACCGUUGCAAAUUGACGUGCCAAUCCCGGAGUUUGGGGGUUUACCACGUGCUGCAGCCACGGGUCGUGGAUGGGACGCCGUGCUCGGCGGAGGGCAGCGGGGUUUGCGUGAGGGGUCGCUGCGUCCCCGCCGGCUGCGACCGCGUCAUCGGCUCCAAGAAGAAGUUUGACAAAUGCAUGCAGUGUGGUGGCGACGGCUCCGGCUGCACCAAGGUGUCCGGGUCCUUCACCGCGCCCCGCUACGGCUACAACGACGUGAUCACCAUCCCAGCGGGCGCCACGCACCUCCUGGUCCGCCAGGGCUCACCGCACGGCACCCACGGUGACAACGUCUACCUGGCACUCCGAAAACCCUCCGGCCAAGCUCUGCUCAACGGUGGCUUCAUCCUGGUGCCGUCAGAGCACACGGUGACGUUGCCAGGCGGUGCGACGGUGCGGUACAACGGUGCCAAGGCCGUCCCCGAGGUGUUGGCGUGUCGGGGGCCAUUGCUGGAGCCUGUGGUGCUGCAGGCUUUGGUGGUGGAUGAGAAGCGCCCGCCCCGUUUGAAAUACAGCUUCUUCAUCCCCCGAAAAGCAGCAACCACGGCGUGGGAGAAACAGAAAGCAGAGAUUUUGGAGAUCCUCCGGCAGCGCCGGGCGUAGCUGUGGCUUUAUUGGGUUUAUUGUGUCUACCUCAGCCCCUCCCGGGGGUCUCAGCCCUGGGCUGGCCUCGGGGUACCCCCACAAGGUCCCCCUCUGUGCACCUAUUGGGUGGUGGGGGUUUAUUUAAAGCUAUUUAUGGA